GACUACCAACAUUGCAUCGAAAACCAUGGGGCCUUCACGAGCUCUCCCGUGCCUGGUCCUCCUCUUCCUUCUCUCCUCAUCCAGAGCUUCCGUCUUAGAAGAUACGUGCAAAUCCUUCGCCGACGGCAACCCGGGCGUCGGCUACGACUAUUGCAUCAAGUUUUUCCAGGCGAGCAAGGACAGUGCCACCGCCGACAAGCGUGGCUUGGCUAUCAUCGCAUCAAAGCUCACCGGAGCGGCAGCCAAGAGCAUAGGCAAGCACAUCCAAGCCCUCAAGGCCUCGGAGAAGGACAAGCACAUCCAGUCGGGCCUCAAUGACUGCGGUGAUUUGUACUCGCAAGCUGUGGACUUGCUCGACGUGGCAGCGAAAGGCGUCGCGGCGGGUACACCGCGAGGCAAACUAGACGCAGUGGCGAACCUCAGCGGCGCACUGGUCAGCCCCCAAACCUGCGAGGACGGUUUCAGCGAAUUGGGCGUGAAGUCGCCGCUCUCCGCCGAGGACUCCGAGUUCACUAAGGAGGUCUCCAUCGCACUCGUUAUAACGAACUCGUUAUGAGUAGCUUGAUUAGAAGGGAAUUAUUUUUCAGUCCAUCUAUUCAUCUGGCCAUCUGGAUAAUAAUUUUCUCAUGGAAUUGUUGUGUGGUGAUUUUUAAAAUAGCAAAAAUCAAGUGAAUGUCGCACAUUUUGCAUGC